UGAUGGUAGUCAGAUAGUCCCUGAUAGUAGCCUAAUGGUGCUUGAUGGUGUCUGAUAGUAGCCUACUGUACAUAACCAGUUCUCUGUUUCACUCCAUCUGUACAGCUGUCAUCUGCUUAGUUGGACAUUUCUCAACUCCAUCCUACUGCCUGCGAUAGAUACAGGAACACAUCCUCUCUUUAAUGUCACUACUAACACUAAUGUCUCUUUUUGUACAGGACUUCUACAGCCACAGUAAUUGGAUAGAGAUGGGGAACAGGGUACCAUUGUCCAAACUGAUCAGGCCAGAUAUGCCUUUGGAUAAUUUGGCAGUGAGUCAAGGGAGGGAGGAGCAGACGUCGGCUUAAAUACUAGGGACUCACUCAUGCAGCUGAGAAGCACCUGAGCGCUCCCAGGCCGGUCCUCACCUGAACAGGAAGUCUUUGUGGGCAUGGUCUCUGAGAUGACCACCCACGCGUCUCUGCUCUGGGCAGUGCUGCUCAUCCCCCCGCUCACCGAAACCUUUAAGCCGCUUCUCUCCCCAGGGGGCGGCUCACUUACACACCGGGACAUCACCCAGAGGGCCAUCUUCCGCAAGACUGGCCAAGUGUGCCGCGCAAUGGCCACUGCCCAGGGUCAGAACUUUACCUUGGCUAUUGAUGACAAGCUGACGGCAUACACCCUGCAGCGGGCGUGUUUCUCAGGGGGGUCAUCUUUCCUGUCGGCCCUGACCUUCCAGACAGUUGUGACUAAGAUGUACCUGAGCAACGCGGCCGUGGACGUUCUCUUGGCUCUGAGCGCUCCGCACCACUUUGACGACGAGACGUUCGUGGAAGGGCGAGAGGUGGUUGCCCAGGCGUCCGCCGCAGUCAAGGCUGCCGUGAAGCACGGGAGCUUCAUCUCCGCCAGAAUCAGCCUGGGCGCUGCCUGUCACACACUGCAGGACUUCUACAGCCACAGUAAUUGGAUAGAGAUGGGGAACAGGGUACCAUUCUCCAAACUAAUCAGACCAGACAUGCCUUUGGAUAAUUUGGCAGGCCCUGACCGAGCCACCUGCAGGAACUGCACGGGAGGAAACUGUACGAAUAACAUCCUGCCUGACGUCCUGCAGGAGAAGAUACUCACGUCAGGCUACUUCAGUCUCUUCUCUUCAGCCAAGCCAGCAGGCAAGUGCAGCCAUGGUGGUUCCUUUGACCGGACCAGUGGUCAGGACCCAGUUGGUGGCAUCAACAAGGACGACACCUCGGAGAGCCACGGGCAUCUGCACCUGCAAGCUGCAGAGGUGGCCAUCAACGCCACCAUGGAGCUGCUGGAGGACAUCCGACUGGCCACCAGCGACAAAGACUUCCUGCGGUUAGUGGGUAUGUCUCAGUCGUCUUUGCUCUCCUUUGUGAUUGACACCACAGGCAGCAUGGCAGAUGACAUUGCCGAGGCAAAGCGCGUCUCAUUCUCUGUCAUCGACCUCAAACGGGGCACCCAGGAGGAGCCAUCGGAGUACAUCCUGGUCGCCUUUAAUGACCCAGGCUUUGGUCCACUCAUCAGGACAAGCGAUGCAGAUGUUUUCAAACAGGAGAUUAACAAGCUCAAUGCUGCAGGUGGAGGGGAUAUCCCUGAAAUGUGUUUAUCAGGACUUCUGCUGGCGCUAACUGCCGCUCCCCCUUCCUCGGACAUCUUUGUGUUCACUGAUGCUCCGGCCAAAGAUGCGGAGCUGAAGACCACCGUGACUGCGCUGAUCGAGAGCACCAAGUCCAAGGUCACCUUCAUGCUGACUGGCACCUCGAGCUCAGCACGUCGCCGCCGCUCUGGGAGCCCCGUCUCCAGGGCUCUCUCCGACGCGGACGCUCAACUGUACCGGGACCUGGCGCAAGCUUCAGGGGGCCAGGCCAUAGAGGUGUCCAAGUCCUCACUGCCGAACGCCACCGUGGUCAUAGAGGACACCUCCACCUCAGCUCUGGUGACUUUGCUCCAGGCAGUCAGGACCCCAGUGAGGGCAGAGAACUUCUCCUUCCUCCUGGAUGAGACGGUGUCCAAUGUGACUGUGUACAUCACAGGGUCCUCCUCACCUGCGUUUACUCUGUACAGUCCCACAGGUGAGUCACAGAACCAUGGGGUGCCAGAGGGACCCCUGGGUACGAUUCAGAGGGUGGGAAACCUACAGCGUGUACAACUGAAUGCCCACAACCGCACAGGAUUGUGGGACAUCACCAUCAACUCCACAGCAAAAUUCACUGUCAAAGUCACAGGUAAGAACGCAACCUUGCUGAUGUCUGUGACUGGCAGUGAUUCGUUGAAAGUGACUGAGUUGGCUCUGGUGCCUGUGUCUGGAUCCGGGGUUGUAAAUGGAACCGUGGAGGCUAUAGGAGGUGGGGACUUCCUGGUGACGAUAGAGGAACUGCCAGCGGGGGACUUCACCGUCCAUCUGAAGGGGGAGACCAGCGGAGUCUCCCGCUCCUCUCCCACCCUCUUCCAGAGGCAGUCGUCCACUCAGCUCAGGGCCUCCAGCGUGGCCGUGACGGCCUCAGUCAACAGCACUCUGGAACCUGGAGCGACCAUUACUGUGCCCUUCAUCGUGGAAACCAACACCACGGCAGGCAGCUACAUCAUCCGAGCGAGAAAUGAUCGUGGGUUCAGCUCAUCUUCCCCCAGCAGCCUGACGCUGGAGGUCGGAGGUCGUGCUGAGGGCACAGUGACCCUCACCGCUCCGUCAGACACACUCUCAGGCACCGACGUCACACUGACCAUCGAGGCCGAGGCCCCUGGGGCCAUCGACUCCAACUAUGUUGUCGUGAGCUUCGUCGUUGCCUCUAGGGUGACUGACUUCACCCGUCCUGUGUGUCAAAUAGUCGGCAUCACUGCCAACUGUCCACAGGACUGCAGCCAGGCAACGUGGCAGCUCUCCGCCAGCCUGAGCGACGGCAACGGCACGGGCAUCGCUUCUGUGACUGUCCAAGAGGGCAAUGGAACACUCAGCACCAACUCCUCCGGGGUGGGCAUCACCGCUGCGCUCUACAGCGCCUCCUGCUGCUCUCAGGCGGUGGAGCUGGUCAUGGUGGAUAACGUCGGCAAUGCUGCCAUUUGUUCCGCCUCCAUUAGAAAUCCCUCCUCUCCCACGACCGCUCAGCCAAUGACCACCACAGCCAACGCCACAGCAACGCCAGUAUCCACAACCUCCAGUGCGCAGCUCUGCAGUAACCUCUCCCUCUGGCUGUGGGUCAUAGUGGUGUUGCCGUUGCUUUAUCCCCAGGCUUAAGGGGAUGAUGCAUGAAGGAUUUUUUUAAGCAGUGUUGGUGGGCAAUCACUUGUAUUCUAAUUAGACAAUCGCGAUAAGCUGGACAUUUGUGAUUUAAAGUUUGUCAGAUAAAAUUUGUUACAUAGUAUCAGUAGUAUCAGGAAAGUGCCUGAGCGUCGCUCAGUAACAUUGCUAAAAAGUUGCCCUGUCUAGCAUCAUAUGUGGAGACCCAGAGCCCAGGAAAACAGGACCAAUGGCUGCAGUUCUGAGUCUGGCCUGGAGGUGGCAGUUAUGCUUUUUGUGCCUGACUCUUGACAGAAGGAGAGUGAAAGAGAUGGGACGAUUAGUGAUGCCUACAGCUUGCCCACUUACACACACACUGUGAUUGUUACUCCAAUUGGUGAAGGUUUAGAUAGUGUCAUAAACCUAGAGAAAAUAGUAAACCGUAAUUUCAUUUACUUAUUGCAAAAGGGUUUUGGGUUUCAAAUGGGGACAGGGGUUCCUACUGUUCAGAAAUAUCUUUUAUAGUAUGUGUGCAAUUGUUGUAUUUCAACUACUGUCAGGAUUGGUGUUUGAAGAGAUUAGGACCAAGCACAAAUACAGUUCACAGCUUACUUAGUCCCAUCGCAACACACUUUACAGGUUUAGGAUUUUUAAAAAGGAACAGAAAGUUUGUCUGAGAAUAGCUCGUACAGAAGGCUUCACAAGGUAGCAAAACCAGGCUGUUUAAUAGUUCACAAAGAUAGUAAGACCAUUUUGUCAUCCAUAAGCGGGGGUCAAAAACACAAACAAUAUUAAAUAUAGGCUUGUAAUCCAGGCGGGCGGUGGGGGGCAGCCAAGGUCAGAGCAGACUGGGAGCAUGAACUGGACUAGCACAGUGAAACAAUUUGAGAAGGAAUCACAGGUAGUGCAGGGUAUAAAUAGGGCAGGUAGUGCAGGGCAGGAACAGGGCAGGUAGUGCAGGGUAUAAACAGGGCACGUAGUGCAGGGUAUAAACAGGGCAGGUAGUGCAGGGUGCUGACCAACGAACCGGGUGACGUUUGCAGAGCGACGCGAAAACUCCAGGCUCUCCUGCUAUCGUCAUCGUUUCAAAUCUUCCAAUAGCACGCCAGGUGGAUAAGGCAGCUUGUGAUUGGUCCCGGCAAAAUUGUAACAGAAGCAGCAGAAAAAGAUGCACAGGUUUCCAGCCUGAGAUGCAGGGCGAAAAAGAAAUCGCCGUCAGAUCAGUCAAACAGCCUAAAUGCAGGGUAUAC